UUAAUAUAUACAAAAAAUAUAUAUUUUAAAUAAUAAAUUAACUAUUAAAAAAUAUGUUUAAUGCCGGAAAACCUUUACCAAAAGAUCAUGCUGAAGUGGCUAAACGAGUAAAAGCAAGCCUUUUUCAUGAAGAACGAAAAAAACGAAUUUUUAAUCCAGCUACAAGGACUAUUGGAAUUGACAAAGAUGCUCUUGAUAAACAAGUCAAAGAAAAGAAGAUGUUACAAGACCAAGAGAAAACCAAAAACCAAGCUUAUUAUAAUAAAUUAUUACAAGAUUGUGAAGCCUCAUUAAGAUUAGAUGAACAAAAGAGAAAAAAUCAAAAACAAUUAGAUUUAGAGAUUUUGGAGUUCAGAAAAAAAUACCAAGCACCUGAAAUGCGAAGGGAAUUUGAUAUAAAUGAUCCUUUAAAAUGCAAAAACAUCAAACCAAAUUAUGAUAAUGACCAAAGUAAUACAGUAACUUUUUUUGAGGGCGGAGAAGAUUCAACGAAAGAAGAGAGAGCAGAACAAAUAUUACAACAGCGGGUAUGGUUAGAAAUGCAAAUACGUGACAAGAAAAUGGCCCAGGAAGAGGAUAAAAACUUAGAACGAAUUUGGCAAGAAAUUCAGUAUACUACUGCUCAACGAGCAUCGGCAAUUGAAUCGCUCGAAAAUGAAUGUAAAAAAAAACUGUUAGAAGCUAACCAUCGUUAUAACCAAGCAUUAGCUGCCGAGCAAAAGAUGAAUAGAGCUUCAGCAGAAGCCGAGAAUACAGAGGACAAAAUGGCAGAAGUAUACAACGCUAUCAAUGGAGAUUUCCUGACUGAGAAUCCUGAACCCGGAUUUAAUAGCGCUUUAGGUCCAGGAAAAAUAGCCAAAUCACUAUAUAAAGGAUUAACUCCAGCUAUGAAACAAGCAAUAUAUGAUGAACAAGCUAAUCAAAGAGUGGAACUUAGGUUACGAAAAGAGGCAUAUGAAAAACAAGAAAAAGACUGGUCUGAACUUGUAAAUAUGUUAGCCAGAUGUGGCUCGAUUAGUGAUGCAGAAAUGCAAGAAAAAAAAAAGAGCUUGGAAGAUAAAAUAAAAGAUUUCAAUUUAAAUCUAGCUUGUGAACAAAAAAAAGAACAAGAGUUUUUGAAUAAUGUUUUCUAUAAAAAUAAGACUUCAGAUGAAUUUUACGAACAAUUCAAUAAAACAACUCGAUAAUGAAUAGAUUGAGUAUAAUACAAUCACAACAACAACCCUUCGUAAACUACGUGUAAAAAUGGCUAAGUAAAAAAAAGUAUUAGAUCUUUAAGCAAUAUAAAGAUAUAAUAUCAUGAAUAAAUCAGGGACGUAUUCGAGGAGGCGAAGGAGGCGA